AUGCCGGAAAGUCAACCAGAGCAGUCUCGGACUGUGAUCCUAGUUGAAGACGAUAUACCACAAGAGCAAGACCACACACUAGACUCUCAAAUACCACCUUUACGCCACAUUCGUCCGCGUGAUGAUCGUCAUCAGCGCAACGAGCAACUCAUUCGCGACACUGCAUCGGCGAAAUCCCCGAGCAAAAAGCGGCAACGAAAUGAAGCCGCCGUGAAUUCUGAUGAUAAAGAUUUGCGCUCAGCCUCGGAUCGUUUGCGCGAUACGCUUGGUCGACAGAUUAAACGCCGGGAGCAACAAUUCAGAGCCAAAGACGCGCAGAGAGAGAAGUCUUUCCUUGAAGAAAAAGAAUUGCUCCAAAGAAGAAUCUCUCGCCUUGAAGCUGAUAUAAUUCAGCUGAACGAGCAAUUACGCGUGUCUACUCUAACCAACGAAUCAAUCCAGAGAGAGCUUGAUACUGCUCAUGGAUCUCGUCUUCUUGAGUGUUCUAUUUGCUUUGAGCAGCCGGAUGAAUGGAUUACUCUUUCAUGUGGUCAUAUGUUCUGUGCACGAUGCAGAUCUCUACAAAUAUUGAAAUCUCCAGAACAAGGUUGCGCACUCUGCAAAGCGCCUGUAACAGGAUGCAUCAGAUCAUGUCCCUUCGCGGGAUGA